UUUUUUUCGCCCUCUUCAAACAUGGCGGCCAAGCGACCGCAGCGCAACAGCAGCCACGGGCCUCCUUCCGCGUAGGAACCUCAAUGCUGACUUUAUCGGGCUCUUUUGUCAAAGACCACCUCAGGGCAAAGAGCGUGGGGCAGCUGGGCCCGGGGAAAACAGCCCGGGGUCGCAGGGGCCUAACAAGCACGGACCGGAAGUUCUGGAGCCACGCCGUCCGGCGGAGCCGUUGGCUGCGGACGCCGGAAGUGGCCAGUCGGCAGGUCUGAGGCGGCGCUCUGUGUGUGAAGCGUACCUAGGGCGGGAGGCGACAUGGAGCCCGGAGCGGCGGAGCUGUAUGACCAGGCCCUUCUGGGCAUCCUGCAGCACGUGGGCAACGUCCAGGAUUUCCUGCGCGUUCUCUUUGGCUUCCUCUACCGCAAGACAGACUUCUAUCGCUUGCUGCGCCACCCGUCGGACCGCAUGGGCUUCCCACCCGGGGCCGCGCAGGCCCUGGUGCUGCAGGUAUUCAAAACCUUUGACCACAUGGCCCGUCAGGAUGAUGAGAAGAGAAGGCAGGAACUUGAAGAGAAAAUCAGAAGAAAGGAAGAAGAAGAGGCCAAGACUGUGUCAGCGGCUGCAACUGAGAAGGAGCCAGUCCCAGUCCCAGUCCAGGAAAUAGAGAUUGACUCCACCACAGAAUUGGGUGGGCGUCAGGAAGUAGAGAAAGUGCAGCCUCCAGGCCCACAGGACCCUGUGAAGGAAAUGGCCCAUGGCUCACAGGAGGCAGAAGCUCCAGGAGCAGUUGCUGGUGCUGCUGAAGUCCCUAGGGAACCACCAGCUCUUCCCAGGAUGCAGGAGCAGUUCCAGAAAAAUCCCGACAGUUACAAUGGUGCUGUCCGAGAGAACUACACCUGGUCACAGGACUAUACUGACCUGGAGGUCAGAGUGCCAGUACCCAAGCACGUGGUGAAGGGAAAGCAGGUCUCAGUGGCCCUUAGCAGCAGCUCCAUUCGUGUGGCCAUGCUGGAGGAAAAUGGGGAGCGUGUCCUCAUGGAAGGGAAGCUUACCCACAAGAUCAACACUGAGAGUUCUCUCUGGAGUCUCGAGCCCGGGAAGUGUGUUUUGGUGAACCUGAGCAAGGUGGGCGAGUAUUGGUGGAACGCCAUCCUGGAGGGAGAAGAGCCCAUCGACAUUGACAAGAUCAACAAGGAGCGCUCCAUGGCCACCGUGGAUGAGGAGGAGCAGGCGGUGCUGGACAGGCUUACCUUCGACUACCACCAGAAGCUGCAGGGCAAGCCACAGAGCCAUGAGCUGGUCAACCCUGGAUUGUCUGAUGAUAUAGUUCCUGAUGCUGAUACCUGAGGUGCUAGGGUACCUCCUCUGCACACCUUAGUCAUGAUUCAGGUGGGGCUUGAGCACUUUCUCUACGCACCUUUUCUACAACCCCGGUGGGCUGGGACACUCCCUUUUCAUGCCUUAGUCAGUAACUGGUGGGACCAUAGACGUUGCAGGCUGUUUGGAAUUUGGACAGAGAUCCUGGUAGAAAAGGAACAAGAUGAACCAUAAAGAGGAGCCAGUGCUUUGCUGGGGACAGAAGAUGAAGGGUUCGAAAUUCAGUCUGUGGAGCACAGUCUUGCAGAGAAAUUGGCAGGCACCCAGUACCUCCCUUAGUUGUAGGCUGCUCCAGGGUAGUACGGUUCUCUGAGAGCCGGUCUUGCCAGGCAAGUGCCUGAGCCCUGAGGAAGCAGGAAGGCUCUCUGCCUGCAGUCAGAGUCUACUCUGGGAGAAAGUACACAGUGCCUUUUGAUCCCCUUUAAUCUCUCUAUUUUCUGUUUGUAGAAAGUCCAUGAGAUGCUGAAGAAGGGGUGGGAUGCUGAAGGUUCUCCCUUCCGAGGCCAGCGAUUCGACCCCGCCAUGUUCAACAUCUCCCCGGGGGCUGUGCAGUUUUAAUGACCAGAAGGAAAGGAAACCCUCGCCGAUGGGGAGGCAGAGCCUUAUCCUCGGCCGCCCUCCUCGGCUCCCUGCGUUCCAGGGACUUGCUCGUCUUGUUUACCCCUAACCAUCCUUUCUUUCAAGGGUGAACCAGGCCUUCCACCCUGACCUUGUAUCUCCAGACUGUUCCAGAGAAGGUGCGGGGCCAGCUGCUAUGUGGUGGCCGCUGUGGCUGACGCUGAGUGAAGGUGUUUGAAAUGCAGGAGAGGAUAUCCCAGCAAAUUGGGAUCACAUGCUUUUGUCUCCACAGCAACCAGCCACUGCAGGCAACAUGUCUUUCCUCCCCUGCUCCCUGCUUGCUGUUGUUUUGACGCUAUUCUGCUUGCAUGUCUUCUGGUUGGGAUAUGGAGUUGUUCCUGGGCUCUCAGGUGAAGCUGAAGUCAUUGAAGUGUGUGAAGCUGUGCUUGCAUGAGGGCGAGCAAGGAAUGGCUGUGCCUGGGGCUGCUUUGGGAAACUCUUUGCCCCUUGACCUCUUUUGGGAGCAUUCACGUGGUCUUCUUGCUCAUCCCUUUAUAAAUGUGCUCUGCCUGCCUCAGCCUCAUGGUCAAAGCAGUGGAAACUGGAGCCCUGUUUGCACAUUCUAGUUGUUGGGAGAAAGCCCGGGUUCUGGGCUCAGGUCCAGAUGCAGCAGGGAUUCUGUUCUCUGACUGUGGCGACCUUGCUUUGGUUCUUGUUGAAGUGAACCAAGCCCAGCCACCACGCAUGGCAUGCUGUGCUUGGCUCCCCAUAAGACGUCCUCUUUGGGUGCACAGUGUCAAAGCGUAGGCAGGAGUGGAGAGCUGGUGCCCUCAGGAGGAGACCACAGCAUGUUCAUCAACUCAUCAGCAGAGCACAACAGCCACAAGUCCUGAGAAGCUUUGACCUUGAGGGGCUUCUAGGAGAAGUGGAAUUUCUGCAUGGGGCGUGAAGGCACACUGUCCCACCACAACUGAACCAGAAGAGAGUGAAGACUCCCCCCUUCCCAUCCUCUGUGCCAGGUGUCAGACUGUGCUCCCUGGAGCUUAUGGCCCGAUCUUACCUGUUCUCUAGGGACUGGUCACUGCCUCAGGAGCCCCAAGCCUAUGCCCUGAGCCAUGGCUGCUGACUGACUCCAGCCAAGGUGCAAAGAUGAAAUUAUGGGACAGGGUCUCAGGCCUAUGUUCCAAGUACUCACAGGGGCUCUGGGUGCCCAUCGCCAGGAGUAUGGUUCAGCUACCACUGGCACUGCCCAUAUGCCUGUCUCUCAAGCUCAGAGCAUGGAUGAGCCACACAGCAGGGCAGUGUACCCUGGCACCAUGCACGGCCAGCAAGAAUCAAGGCCUGCAGAUGCUGAGAGAGCCUAUUGUCAGGGGAAGGACCCCACCCCUGCACACACUCUCUGGAUACUUGGGUUGUGGGGGCUGUCUUGGAGAGUAAGUUUGUGGUUGGUUUCUGGUUUACAGUGGUGGCUGACACCCCUUGUAAGAAAGCAUUCCUGGGAAGUCUUCUGUGGGUCCAAACAUGUUGCUCUGAUCAUCACAGGAGAGCAGAAGACCCUAGAUACCCCCUUUGGAAUGUGAGAGCCUUGUUGUCUGAUACUUGCCACUGAGCUGGUGAAGCCCCUCUAAGGAGAUCUCGACCCUGGGGAGCAGAACUCUUGUCAUCUAUGAGGGGUCCUUCUGAGAAAGACUGUCAUUUUUUUCCUGGAGUUCUUCCCAUCGAGGUCCUAGGAUUUGCACACCCCUGUCCCAUAAGAGCUUUCCUGCCUAAUGAAAGGAGGUCUUGUGUGUGUCUUCUCUCAUCUCUGUAGUUCCCGAGUUGGCCCCCAUUGCAGCCCCCACCCUGUGGGUAGUCUUCCAGAAGUGAUGCAGUGGUGUGAGAUGCCCUACACCUUGUUAUUUGGGAGACUUUGAGAGUCACUUUCAUGGUGACCAGUGUUUGUUUUGCCUGAUUUUGUAUUCUGUGUUACAUUUCUCCCCACUCCCUGCCCUGCUUUAAUAAAUGGCAAACCAAUGUCUAGGAAGAAUGACUGAGGGGCAGUAUUGGUUAUUGGCCCCAUGGCAGGAGCAGCCACUUGCAUCUGGUCCCAGUGCCACACUGCAGUGCUUGGUGUGGUUGUGGAGCCUGUCCCUGCACGCCUUGCUCCCGUUGAGCCACACUGUUUGGUGGGUGAUUCUCUGCCCUGAGCCACCACUCUGGACUGGCCCAGUCUCCAGAGCUGGCACACCCUGCCUGUUUUCUCUUUUUAGACACAACAGCCGCAGCUUGGCCAGCCACUAAGUCCCACCAGCUGAGGUCCGAGGAAAGCGGGGUGACUCAUUUCCCUUGUCCAGGGCCCCAGGAGAGUGAGGUGUCCAGCCUGCAAAGCUGUUCCAGCUCCUCAGUGUUGGUUUGCAAUAAAUCGGUAUUUAAGCAGUU